AUGUAUUCAUCUUCUGAAUCCCGUUCUUCAUCAUCAAGAGGAAACAGUCGGGGCAGAGGAUCGUACCGAGGAAGAGGAGCCUCAUCAUCAUCAUCACGAGGAAAAACUCAUUCAACCACAACACACACCCAAAGAGAAUCAUCAACAACGCCGUCUUCUCGUUUUCCUCGUGGAAAACCAUCACGGACCACCACUUCAACAACCUCCACAGCAGCAUCAUCAUCAUCAGCCUAUACAGCUUCUACCUCUCAAAGACCACAACGAUCGCGAGGAAGAGGUGUCUAUCGGCCGGGGUUUAGAGGAAAAUCUUAUCAAGACAACAUUAGUACCACCGAACAGACGUAUGAGACAUCAGCACCAUCAACCCGAGGAGGUAGAGGUAGCACAACACGAGGAGGAAAAAGAGGAGACUAUCAAGAGUCAAGGCAAACACAAGAGGUUCGUUCAUCAACUCCGAGGACAUCAUCUUCUAGAGGCGCUGCUACUCGAGGAAAAAGAGUUGCUUUUCAAGACUCUCAUGUUGGUAGAAAAUGGGCUGGUCAAACAGAAGAGACCAUCACUACUACGGAAAGAAAUACACCUCAAAAAACAAGAGCCACAAAACCUUACAGAGGCAAACCAACCAGUAAGCCUGCAGGUAGCUCCUCUUAUUCACACUUUGAACAGCAACAAUACUCACAACCUGUGAAACCUCAAAGUACUAGGAAGUUUACAAGCAAUAUUCCACCUCAACAAGAUGAAUAUUCUGAAUUGACAUCUUUCGCUCAAACAAGACCUUAUGAGAUCAAUGAAGAAAACUUAUUUAAUUUACCUGUUGGAUUUUCUGGAUUCGGCUCAUACUUUAACGAAGCACCCCCGAAAAUUGCUGAACCUCCAAAAGAGAAAUCAAAAAAAGAUAUUAUUCCUUACGAAGAGGUGGGAAAUGUAGGCAUGGAAGGAUAUGAGGAAGAGCAAGAAGAAGAGCAAGAGGAGGAGCAAUAUGAAGAAGAAGACGAAUAUGAAGAGCAGUAUGAAGAAGAAGAAGGUGAAUAUGAAGAAAACGAUCAAGAAGAAGAGGUCUAUGAUGAAAAUGAAGAAGAAGAGGAAGAAGAAAGUGACAAAUUCGAAAAUUUCCAGAUCGUUGUGGAUCAGAAAGGAGAUAAGUCCAUUGUCACUUCUCCAGUCUCCAUUAACAAGCAAAUAGUCGAACAUAUUCACAAAAAAUCUCCAGAAAAACAAGUUGAAAAAAAACAGGAACAACCCAUUCAAAGAUCCAAAGAGGCAGAUAUAGCAUACAAAAAGCUAAAAGCAAGCAUAUUACAACGCCCUCCUAACAUGGAGCAGGAAAGUCUCAAUCAAUUAGAACAUUCUGAUAAGAUACGAGAAAAGAUAUGGUCAAAAAAGUAUCCUGUUGAUACCAAACAUUUGAUAGGAACAUGUUACAAAAUGUGUUCAGAUGAAGAGGUCAGAAACAGAGAAAAAGAAAGACGAUUAAGUGUAUUUGAAACUGCUUCAAGAAAGUUAAUCGACGAGCGAGGUCAUGAAUAUGCAAAAGCUGAACCAAGUCUUUGCGUAAAAGCUUAUCAACGAGCUGCUGCAGGUACCGUACCUGUUGCUUCUCAAGUUAGACCUCCCUCUAUUUUACGUCAAUCAUUAGAUUAUCUCAUUAAUGAAAUUUUGGACAGAGAUGAUGCUGAUUAUCACGAAGUUUUUCUGUUCCUAAGAGACCGAGCAAGAGCUAUUGCACAAGAUUUGACCGUUCAGCAUAUUAGAGAUGAAAGAAGUGUAGAUUUGCAUGAAGUGAUUGCUAGAUUUCAUAUUAUGAGUCAUCAUUUAUUGGCAGAAGAGGUAGAUUUCGAUGCUCAUCAAAACUUGAAGCUCUUGAACAAUUAUUUAAAGAGUUUACAAGAAUUUUACUCGGAACUCAGAAUGAGUGGGAUUUCAUGUCCUAAUGAGAGUGAAUUUACAUGCUAUUUUAUAUUGAAUCGACUUGCUUCUGAUCAGGAAGUUAUGAGAUGUCUAAAAAGUCUUCCUAAUGAUGUUUUAAAGUCACCUGAGGUUACUUUUGCAAUCAAAGUAUUUGACGCCUUCUCUACCAAUAAUUAUAGCAGGUUUUUUAAACUUGUAGAUGAAGCUACAUACUUGAAUGCAUGUAUCAUGCAUAUAUAUUUUCCAAUCGCGAGAAAGAAUGCAUUACAGAUCAUGAAUAGAACAUUUAACCUAAAAACAAAGGACGGUUUCGAUGGAACGAUUGAUGAAUUUCCAAAAUAUCCAAUUUCAAAACUGGAGCAACUGUUGCUCUUUGAUAGUUUUGAUGAGUGUGUUCACUAUUGCGACCACUUUGGAAUUACAACCCUAGAUGAUGCUGUCUUAUUCAAAUAUACUACAUUCACCGAACCAUCCAAACCAAUUGAAAAGACGAAAUCUUUAUUUAUUGAAAAGAAAGUUUUUGGAAUCAAACGAUCGACAUUGGCUCUGAUAAAUUUUCGCAAGCCUCCCAAACCCCAUGAGACACCUCCAGUACAACAACCCAUUCCAUCACUCCCAUCACUCCCAUUACCACCACCAUCUCGACCAAUAAUUCCAUCCACACCUCCUCUAACAAUACCUCCUGAAAUUAUUCCACCUGUACUUCCUCAGGAUAAGAUCAAAAUUACGCCUCCUUCAAUUCCUUCUCAUCCCAUUCCCACUCCAUCAGAGAAAACCCUUAAUAUAAUUAUUCCUCCACCAUUAGAACCUCAACCACCAAAACAAGUGACUCCUUCUUUCCCAAAAUCUCCCAAAGCUCAUAAAAUUCCAUCACAUCCAAAAACACCAACAGCUCUACCUCCUUCCAUACAACAACAACAACCACCAAUAACUGUACAGCCACCUGACGAGAUUGCCAAAGCAAGAGAACAGCCCAUAAUCACCCCACCACCUCAAUUACCAGUUAUAAUACCUCCAAUUAUUGUACCUCCUCAAAAAACUGAAGAGGAGAUCAAUAGAGAAAUCCUCAGAAAGUAUUUUGAGGCAUGGAAACACUAUUCAAAAGAGAAGAAGCUUCUACGACAAAAAAGACAGACUCACAUCCAAAAAUCUCAGCGAUAUGUGAAAAAUAAUUUUGAUGUCACUGUGCUUGACGAUAUUACCAUGUUGGAUUCUCAUGCAGAAGAAAUAAGAUCACAUUUGAUCGAACAAUUAUACAAGAGAGUUGACUUGGGAUUAAUUGUUUUUAAUUCUAAGGUUACCAACCAGUACAAAAUAUUUUCUGAUUUCUUUUGGAAGUUAGUACUCAUUGUAGAUGAUGUCAAUGCCCCACUGCAAGCUUGGACUGCACAAAAACUCUUGAGUGAAGGUUCAAAAGUACAGGACCCUAAUGAACCAGUUGUUACAUUAUCUAAAUUCAAAGUGGAGGGAAAAGACAUUAUAUCAGAUGAUUUGAUAGAAUUGGAUCUGAAAAAAAGACGAUCUACUCUUCAUAUUUGCGUGAAACAAUUUAACACCUCAGCUUCAUUAGAUAAGAGCAACUUUCCCUUCAAAGGAACGUCAUCUAUCAUUUAUACUUUACACACUGUUCCUGACAAUUUGAACAUUGACAAGUAUUGGGCAUUGGAAGAAAGCAGAGUGAACAAACAUAUUGUGUCUUUCUUUUCAAAGAUGGAAAGUACAAGAAUUCCAAUCCUUGUAUUGUUCGAGAAAGAAGACUUUUUAAAGCAUGGAGUUUCGGAAGAAAAAGUACAAAUACAAGUCCAUCAGAUGUUAAACAAAUAUUCUAGCUCAGUUUUCAGCCAUGUCAUGUGUGUGUCAAUGGCUAUGACAAACAUCUCUGAAAACAUCUCAGAAGAGAAUAUCAGGAAAUUGAACAAAAUCUUUAUGGACAUGCUUAGUAAGCUCGCAAACACCUCUCCACAGCCACCCAUUGUUCACAAAAUAUCAAUUCGUGAAUUAUUAGAAGAAUGUUCCCAAAGUCAUAUUACAGAUUUGUUGCAAGAGUUAUCUGUUGAAGAUAGGCAUAGUAUUCCUCUUGAAGAUGUUAUUUUAACCUAUAAUUAUGUCUGUGAAAUUGUGGCUACCAAGGUCCAAAAUGAAUCAGAAAGAAUGCGCAAAAUUAAUUGGCCUAUUCCUGAGUUCGAAAAGGAAAAUUGGAAUACUGAUGAAAAUGCCAUAUUGCAAAAAGAACUUCUUGGCCAUCUCUCCUUACCUAUUAUUGAUGGUACUACUGAUUUUUAUAGCGAUGAAAAUUGCGAUUUGGAGGUGCUUGCUAAAAAUUGCUUGAACUACAUACAAGUAUUGCGAAAAAGAAGAGGAUUAUGUCCUAUGGACUCUUUUGAUCCUAUUAAUGUUGCAGACAUUGCUAUAGAUUUUGCGGAUGGAAAUUAUUCACAUGCCACUUUUAAACUCUUUGAACUCUUCUUGAAGAUUCAUUUGGACAUGCUUUUUGAUGCAGAUCCACUUUAUGGUUUCUUGUUCACAAGAACAAGGUUUGAAAAGAUUGAAAAGGAUAUCAUGAAAGUAUUGAAACAAAGUGGAAAUUCCUUCUUGGAAAGCUUAACAUUAUUAGAUGAAGGGAAAACCUAUUUUUCAUCGAUACCGCAAGAUGAAAUUCCAAAAGCUUUUAUACCAACAAAACCUGUCGAAGAACAGAAAAAACGAAUCAAAGAACGUGAUUCAGAAACAAAACAAGACACCAAAAAGAGGAAAACCUUCACAUACGUAAACCUUGAAGACUCUAUGAAAGAUUAUGAAAAGUUACUACAGACAAUCAACCACCAAAAGUCUAUUUAUGCAAACAUGGAUAAUCAAAUCAAUGACAUGGAAGAUGAUAUUGUCACAACACCAUCCACCGAGGAUGAUUGGAAUGGUUCAAUUUCCACGUAUUCGAAUAAUACUUUCGAAUCAUCAAAUCUAAAGGAAUCAUUGGCCUUGCUUCAAAAGCAAAUCAAUUCAUGCUCAGAGUUAAUUUCCAAAUCACUCAAACCUUAG